AUGAGCUCAAGAUCAACUAGAGAUCUUAGAAAUAUGAUCUCCACAAACCAAAACUCCGACUCCAAGGAAGUUUACGGAGGAGAAGAUUAUGACGAUGUUCCGAAUAUAGAUGCUAAUCCUAGUCAUAAAAUUGCUUUUCAAAAUAAAUUAAACACCAGUGCGCCUAUCAGAGGAUCAACUGGACACUUGAGAGCUCUCUCGAGUUAUAAUAAGAAAUAAGUCUGAUGCCUUAGAGCUUCCUAUGAUCAAAAAUCCUAACAAAGAGACUAUGGUGACUCUUGAUCUCGAAAAGAAACUGAAAAAGUUGCAAAAUUUGUCACAAAAUGAUAAAGAAAUGAUUGAAAUUCAAAGAAAGAAACUGGCCCAACAGAAAUUUGAAAUCGAAAAGUUGUUAAAAUAAGAUAGAAGCCCUCAAACACUGAAAAGACUGACUACAUCCGACUGAAAAGGGAGAAUGAGCAGUUCCAACUGGAGAUUGAGAAGUUAUAAGAAAUGAAAACAGGGAACUAACCAUUAGCUCUGAUACCUACCAAGAAGAGUUUGAAAGAGCAGUUAAUAAUAAUAAAGAUCUCGAAAACAACCUUUCUCAGAUUACUCAUGAAUCUAAGGUAAAGACUGAGGAGAUCAAGAAGAUCAAGAAACAUUAUGAGGAUAAGCUCAAGGAUGUUACUGCUAGUAACAAUAAGCUCAGCGAGAGUUAUCAUAACUACAGGGAUAAUAUUGCUAAGAAAGAUGAACAAAUAAACCAUCUCAAAGAUCAGAUCUUGAGAGUUCAGACUGAGCUUGAGAAAUCACAUGGCAAUGCCUCUGGUGGUGGUCUUGUGAAAGAAAUCAAGAAUGAAAAUGAUACCCUCAGAAAUGACAUCAAGAUUCUUAGGAAGCAACUCAUGAAAAUUCAAGAGGAAUAUGAGACAAAAGUAAAGAAAGUUGAAAGAGAAGCUGAAAAAGCUCAGAAAGCAGCAGCCAGCAUUGAUGAGAAAGAGGUCGAGAACCUUAGAGUUCAAUAUGACAACCUUCAAAUCAAGUUUAUUGAUGUUGAAAAAGCUGCAGAAGAGGGCUACCAAGAAAUUCAAAAUUUGAAGAAAGACCUGAAAGAUGCCAAAAACACUAUUUCUGAAAGGAAUAACUCUCUUUCAGAAAAGGAGAACUUGAUUCUAUCUCUCAAGAAGCAACUUGAGGAACUAAAUGUUGAUUAUGAGACAUUAAAAUCUUCAAAUUUUUCCAAAAGCAGUGAAUCUGAAGUUCAGCUGAAGAAUCUAUCUGAGAUGAAUAGCAAAUUAGAGCUUAAAAUCUCAGAACUUGAAAAAGUUAAGUUAAUGAAAGACAAAAAGCUCAAAGAGAGUAACCAAGCUUAUGAAGAACUUGAUACCAAAAUGAAGAGCAAAAUGGAGUUCCUACAUAAUGAUAUUUCCAAGAUUAAGAAGGAAUCUAGAGAACAAAUAGAACAACUAAUGAAGGAAGUAGAAGUAUCCAAAAAGAUCGGCUCUAAACUUACUGACGCUAAGGACCAGAUCUCUGAGCUUGAGCGGGUUAAUAAAGGAUUGAACACAGAGAAAGAAAGUCUAGAAGAGAAAGUUAAAAACUUUAUUGCUAAGAAUAAAGAUAUUUUAUCAAUACUUCAGAAAAUUACAAAAUGCUAUGAGCCUAUGAACUCUAACCUUUCGUGACUCAGUUGUUUGGAGGUACUGGAGAGACCAUUGAUGUUGAUAUGAGGGCAUUCAAUUUGCAUGAAUUGUUUCAACUCUCAUAGUGAUCCUAAGAGUAAGGACUCUAUCGUUUUUUGUGAGGAAUGUAAGAUAGAGACUAAGAACAAAGAACUAAUGGAGAGUAAGGUUAUAGAAACACUUGCUUCAAAAUUCAAGCAGAGUCAGAAACUUAUUACAGAAGGUAUUGGACUCAUGAAAUAACUACAUUAUAAGCAUCACUUCUAAUUG